GUUAAGGGAGCUAAUGGGGAGCUUGUGGGGCUUGGGAAUGUUCUGCUGGUUAAAGGCUUGUCUGCUAACCUUCUCUCUGUGCGACGACUGCAGAAGAGUAAGGCCGAAGUGACCUUUGGACCAACCAGCUGCCGUGCUAAGCUUGGGAAGAAGGUGCUGUGGAGUCUGGAAGAGGAGACCAGCUGCAUCAAGGACCUGUGGCAGCUGCCCAUCAUCCCAUGGAAUGGGAAGACUCCAACAGCAGCAACGGCAGCAGCGGCAAAGGCAACAGCAGGAGGAGAUGCAACUGCACCAACUGAUGGGGUCGCCCUUGUGAAGAAUAGGGUGCUGGCUACAGUUGGGGAUAAGGAGUGGAUCCCAUAUACCAAGUGGUAUGGGAGUGCUCCAGCUGUGAAUAUGCUGAGGGCAUUUGGGUGCAUGGUAGUGUUUCAUGUGCCUAAGGAGAAAAGAGGGAAGUUGGAGGCUUCUGGAAGAUGGGGUGUGCACUUGGGGAUUGCAAAGGAUCACAAGGGAUGGCUGCUAUGGGACUUGACCACCCAGAAGCUGACAGUGUCAAGGGAUGUGAAGUUUCUUGAGUCCCUGUACUAUAAGGAAUGGAAGCAGCAGCAACAGAAGCUUCCAUCUACACCACUCAUUGUGGAGGCAGAUGAGUUGCAGCAGCCUUCAAGACAGGUGGAGGUUGCAGUGUCAGAGGAGGAGAUGUCUGGGGUGACUGAGGAAGGGGGAGCAGCUGAAGUGGCAGCAGCAGCAGCAACAUGAGUCUCCACCUCGAGUUCCACACCCGCCUGAGCGUCCUAGGAGGGAUGUGCGCCCUCCAGUGAGGCUGACCUAUGGGGGAAGAGGCAAGCCAAAUGUGGUGCAGGCUGGGAGUGUGGUUGAGCAGAUUG